AUGCACAAUAUCACAUCACAUUUUCACCGAUCAAGCACGAGCAGCGGCUCUGACGCGAAGGCCCGGGAGGAGGAGAAGACGAAGUUGGCCGAGUGGGAAGCUGAGAAGCGGCCACUGGAGCCGGACGAGAUUGUGAUCGAUCCGCAGAAGAAGCCGAUAGGACACUCGAGCAAACAUUUGCGCAAGGACGACUUUGAGCUCGUCAAGACUCUUGGUACAGGCACUUUUGCGCGAGUGUGGUUGGUUAAGCUCGCCAAUCGCAAAGAGCGCGACAACAACAAGGUCUUCGCAUUGAAGAUUCUACGCAAGCCCGAUGUCAUUCGUCUGAAGCAGGUCGAGCACGUUCGAAACGAGCGCAAUGUACUCGCCGCCGUUGCUGGGCACCCUUUCAUUACCACCAUGGUCGCCAGUUUCCAAGACCAGGAGACUUUGUAUAUGCUUCUGGAUUACUGCCCCGGAGGCGAGGUCUUUUCCUAUCUGCGACGAGCACGACGAUUUAACGAACCUACCUCCCAAUUCUACGCCGCCGAGAUUGUCUUGAUACUGGAGUUCCUUCACGAACGCGAAGGUGUCGCGUAUCGGGACCUGAAACCUGAGAACAUACUAAUUGAUGCUGAGGGACAUUUGAAGCUUGUUGAUUUUGGCUUUGCAAAGAAAAUAGAGAACAGAGAGACAUACACCUUGUGCGGCACACCCGAAUACCUUGCACCUGAAGUGAUCAGGAACACCGGUCAUGGCACAGCUGUCGACUGGUGGGCUUUCGGCAUUCUGAUCUACGAAUUCCUGGUUGGACAACCGCCAUUCUGGGAUCAAAAUCCGAUGAAGAUUUACGAGCAAAUUGUAGAAGGCAAAGUUCGAUACCCAAGCGCUAUGUCGAAGGACGCGCGCGAUAUCAUCGCCGGACUCUGUACGGUAGAUGUGACCAAGAGACUCGGGAACAUGAAGGGCGGCGCUUCAUUAGUGAAGAAGCACCCUUGGUUUAAGAACAUCAACUGGGACGACCUAUAUCAUCGAAAGAUGCAAGGCCCCAUCGUACCGCAUCUGAGAGCGCCGGACGAUACCAGAAACUUUGACGAAUACGACGCUGAGCCCGAGAAGAAAGAGCCGUACACAAAGGAGAUGUACGAGAAGUACGAAAAGAUGUUCGUCGACUUCUGA